UGCCUUGACUCUACCUUAGGCCAAGUGGAAUACCUUCCCCUCCCAGUAAAAUAGUCAGAAAACUGAGCAUUUAUAACAACCCAGCAGGAAGAAAGCACUUUUCAAAGGUCCUCGAGAACAGACCACUCUUGAAUAGUUCUGCAAUACAGGAGUAGUAGCAGAAGGUGCUCUUUCCCAGAGAUGUGCCAACCUUGUCUCCCAAAGUGAAGGUUCUCUUAGCAGGGCCACACUGGUUCACUUCCCGGGCAGAUUAGCACAGAGUGCUUGCAAAUCCUUGAGUAGAUGUCUUGAAGCCCUAUUCUUCCACUGUGGCCACCAACAUUUGAGACUCUUCUCUCUGCCUUUCCCUGCCCCUCCUUCCCUGCAUGGUCUGUAGUCAUUGCAGGAGUUUGAAUUGAUGGAGAACCUUCUGAAAAGCAAACAGGAAGCCUCUGAGUGCUGGGACCAACGGAGCUCAGUCAGCGUCCGCUCGUCUUUCACCCGCCAAGAAAGGAACCGCCUGCUGUGGGAGGAUGUCUCAGUCAUUGAGGAAGAUGCCACCAAGAUCACCGCCCUGAAAUUGCGUCUGGAUGAAUCUCAGAAAGUGCUACUCAAGGAGCGGGAGGAUAAGCUGUCCCUCAGCAAGAACAUUGAGAAGUUGGAAGGUGAAGUGAGUCAGUGGAAGAUCAAAUUCGAGGAGCUGAACAAGAACAAGCAGGAAGUGCUGAAACAG